AUGUCUUACGACUAUCUCUUCAAGUACAUCAUCAUCGGCGACACAGGUGUAGGAAAAUCAUGCUUGCUCUUGCAAUUCACGGACAAGAGGUUCCAGCCUGUGCAUGAUCUCACCAUUGGCGUCGAGUUCGGCGCCCGAAUGGUCACCAUCGACGGUCGUCCUGUCAAGCUCCAGAUUUGGGACACCGCUGGGCAAGAAUCUUUCAGAUCCAUCACUAGAUCUUACUACAGAGGAGCAGCUGGAGCACUUCUGGUUUAUGACAUAACCAGGAGAGAGACUUUUAAUCAUCUCGCAAGUUGGCUGGAGGAUGCCCGGCAGCAUGCGAAUCCCAACAUGACAAUCAUGCUCAUAGGGAACAAGUCUGACCUUGCUCAUAGAAGGGCUGUCAGUAAAGAGGAAGGAGAGCAAUUUGCAAAGGAGAAUGGGCUUUUAUUCUUGGAGGCAUCUGCAAGAACGGCUCAAAACGUUGAGGAGGCCUUCAUAAAGACUGCUGCAAAGAUUCUUCAGAAUAUUCAGGACGGCGUGUUUGAUGUGUCUAAUGAGUCAUCUGGCAUCAAGGUUGGAUAUGGACGACCCCAAGGUCCAUCAGGUUCGAAUGGAGCUGUUGCUCAGAGAGGCGGAUGUUGCAGCUAA